CCCUACCGGCCGUAUUCGUGACGUCAUUUUUGCGCCAAAAUCAAAACCAUCAUACUCAUAGCUAAAGGGUGUACGUGUAGGUGUCUGAGUGCUAAUCAUGGCAACGUUAGAAAUGAAAAGUUAUAUUAGUAAUUGGGUUAAAAGAGAGCUGGUUAUUGAUGAACAAGGUUAUCUAACAGCACACGAUGUUUUCACGAACUUUAUGAAGUCUUGCUCUAACCCAACCGUAUCAAAGGUCCUUUUUGGAACACGUAUAAAAUUAGUAUUUCCUGGCAUUACUUCUUCUGUAAAAAGAAAGGGUAAAACUAAUGUAAGAAUAUAUCGUGGCGUCUCAUACCGUCACCAGCAACCAGAAGACACGAUUAGCCUGCAUGACAUUGCAUUGCGAAUGAAACCUAAUUGGUGCCAAGUAGUCGCGAAAAAUGACAGCAGUAUCAAAAUUAUGUCUUCUGUUGGUAAUGGUAUUAUCAACCAGCAGAGAGUUGUUAAAGAAUUAGAAGUGUAUAGAAAUGGUCACUGGAAUUUAUGUUUUGGAGUCGUCUGUGUGCUGACUAGUGGCCAAACGAGUCUGCUGUCACCUGGGGAUGGCAUGUUUCGUGUCCAGGAUGUGGACAACCUACUCCGCAUGGUCGAUAAUGCAGAAAUCUGCAAAGGAUUGCCAUUGGGCGUGUCAACUACAGGCCUACAACCAGUUGAGCGUUUCCAGACAGCCGAGGGAGAACCAGAAGAGAUUCGCCAGCGUGCUCGCACUUGCCUUUGGCUAAAACCGGCUCUUGCACACGGCACAAGCUGCCGGGCAUGCAAUAGGCGUCUGCGUUAUCUCCGGAAGGCUGCAACGCUGAAGCCACUUCACACUAAGCUAAGCACAGAGGCAAUGGGAAAGAUACGGUAUGUGGCUGGUCGAUGUGUAGCCAAACUAACAUCUAAACAUCACAACAGUUGGCGACGCCUCAUGUAUGCUGAAGGGUCACGUCAGAAAAAGCUCUGUAAGAGUACAGUUGAAACACUAAACUAUCUGGACUGUCUCACUGCAUCCUAUGCAGAUCUUCACAAAACAAGUGAGAUGCCAGAAACACUGGAAGAAACUGCUCGGAAGCAGAAUAUACGACAGUCACUGUACAACAUCAGUGACAACGCCUUUCGGUUUUUCUUGCUACUAGAGAAACACCGUGUGCAUUUAGAAACCAAAGGCCGGUUUGAUGUCGAGCAACAGGAUGUCAUUUCUGUUGUUGAAGCGCAACUUCUCGACACAGCAGAGUUGAAGGAGACAUGGAGGGCAUUAUUUCUUUCCACGGAUGUUACAGAAAGUGCCAGUCUUGAUACUCUGUUUCGGAAGAUCGUCCAUUCGUUUGUCCUGGUUGCAAGCAACUACUUCAGAAAAGAUCUCAUCAGGUCCUACGGUCAAAAGAAAAUGGAGUCCCACAGGCGGCAAAUUCAAAUGAGACACCAGAAAGAGAAAGACCUAACUGCUAAACUGUCUUCGGCCAAAAUUGCAGCAGACACAUCAAAAAGGAAACAAGUGACGCAUCUUCAACUCCAGAGCAUUUUAAAAUCCAACCCCAACUUCUUCUCUGCUCGCACAUAUUCAAAGGAAGAGCUAAAAACCUUUUUCAAGGCCUACACUCUACCAUGGCAAACACGGAGAUUGAAAACACAACUUGCGGAGGACCUCUGCGCAAAAAUACUUGCAGUAGACAAUAUGUCAGAACCGAAUGGAAUGCGUUUGGAGCAUCUUCACCCAUCAGCUCGACUGCAGAUAUCCUGCCAGCGACUUGUGAUGAGCCACAGCCUGGUCCCUCUGGCCUUCAACACCAUACAUUGA